AUGAGGUAUGAGGUCACAGCAGGCGUCAGUCUAUGUGACGCAGAACAGUACGGGCCCCGUGUACGCAGCAGUGAUGAAUAUGUGGCUCCUAAGGCUACCAUUAACCUUAAACAGGGAGGCCCAAACUGCGUCUCUCCAGCUGUUCUCUGCCUGAAGUGCCUACAGUGCGUUGGCACCAGCUCCUCGUGUCGUAUGGUAGCAAGGACGUGCCCAUCCUAUGAGACCACCUGCAUCUCCCUGGCCUACAGGUCAACAGCUCCCUCUAGUGACCGUAACACUGUGAUGAAAGGCUGCUCCACCACCGACCUGUGCAACCAAACCUCAAUCAUCGACAUCGGGGACCAAUUCAUCUACAUGUCCUCCACCUGCUGCGAGAGUAACUUCUGCAACAUCAACCGCUACUCCACUAAGGCGGUUUACUCCAGCCGCUUGAACUGUUACUCUUGUGACAGUACCAACCCCUCCUUGUCCUGCACAUCCACAUCGAACACUGCAUUCUGCGAUGAAGUCAACAACCACUGCGUGGACCUGGUCACUACGGAGUGGAGGAACGGGAAAGUUUCUGCAACAUCGUACGCAAAAGGUUGUGGAUCAGGAAGCACUUCUGCAUGUACAGACCUGUUUGCCUACAACACGGGACGUUACCAACGCUACACUUAUCUUCAAUGCUGCAACAUUGAUAAAUGCAACAAAAACAAAGUAACCACUCAGGUGCUAAAUAACAAAAAUGGAAUAUAUUGUCAUGGAUGUCUGGAGACUGGAAAUAACGAGUGCGCAGAGAAAGCACAAGAAUCGGUGGAGUGUAAAGGCUACAUGAUCCGAUGCAUGGAGGCGUUUGAUCAGAACCGGAAGACAGUCAUGAAGGGUUGCAGUUCGGUGGCCUUCUGUUCAUCUACGUUCCCAACAAUAGGAGUCCCCAACAUUUCAGAGAUCCAGUGCUGCGCAGGUACCUACUGCAAUAACUUUACCCGGGAGACCAGCAGCCCUAGCACCGUGGUCAGUAGCUCCACAAGACUAAACACAGACUUAAGGCUCCCGGCCUUUCUUAUUACCUUAAUAUACGCUAUAAUAAGGCACUUUCCCUAG